AUGGUUGAGAAAUUUAUUCUAAACUGGGAGAGUUUGAUUUCGAAUCAAGGGCUGUCGGCAAGAAUUGCCUCCCAGAUUCACCAGGCUCUUGAUUGGGGCCAUUGCCAAGCGGAUGAAAUCAACAUCCUCAACAGGGUUCUUUCAUUCAUUGAUGAUGUGCCGCAGUGCAACACAACCCUGGUACACUUGGCAGCCCUCGGGGAAGUAGAGAUGAUGGAGGCAUUAGAGGAAGAGCCCUGGGCAAUUAACCAGCCAGAUCGUUACGGGAUGGCUCCCAUACACUACGCGAGUAUGGAUGGUGACUUGGAAAUCCUGAAAAUGCUGAUUUGGGCAGAAGCUGACGUUAACAUAUCCGAUCUUGACGGUUUGACACCUCUCAUGUUUGCAGCAUUGAACGGCCAUGUCGACUGUAUCCGUCUGUUGGUAGACCACAAAUGCAACAUUGAACAAAGAUCGCAUACCGAAUUCCGAGCCAUACACUAUGCGGCGCAAUUUGCCAGCCGAGAUCAGUCCUUGCAUUGGUUGCAGCAGGCGCUUCAGCCUCAGCUCGUGGCUGGCUUGGACAAACACCUCUACACCGACUGGCCCGUUCCGAAAUGGGUACCAGUUUCGAAGCCAUCAAAGAAACAAUAUCAUCCCUCCUGGUGA